CUGCUCACAGCAUAGCCACUAUAUGUGCCAGUUUAUGACUCAAGCCACUCAGUUUUCUGUUCACAGCCGUGGAGUGCGAGUCGUAGUCGUGGUUCGCUGAUAAAACACGUGGUUUACUAAACGUUUUUUUUUUCGAAUCGAACCCGUUUUUCGGAUUAUUGUAAAUCAACUAGACUGAAGGACGCGAAAAUGGGCGAGAGGAGAGGAACCAAAGGACUGGAGUUGUGGUGCCGGAAAAUGACCGAGGGUUAUCCUGGAGUCAACGUGGUCAACAUGACCACGUCCUGGAGGGACGGACUCGCCUUUUGUGCCAUAAUCCAUCAUUUCAGACCGGAUUUGAUAGAGUUCUCCAAGCUCAACAAGGAUGACAUAUUCCACAACAACGAGCUCGCUUUUCGUACCGCCGAGCACCAUCUCGGCAUACCCGCGCUGCUCGAGCCCGAAGACAUGGUGGAAUUCCCGGUCCCCGAUCGUCUUUCCAUCCUCACAUACCUCUCUCAGUUCUACCAGACGUUCGUCGUCGGUCAGGGCAAAUCACCCGCCAGGAUAGCUCCGAAAAGACCGGCGACGUCCCCGGAACGCAGCCUCGUGUCUCCGGCCUCUUCCAGCCCCCCGUCAAAGGUGGCAUUCCCCAGCGCAGGCAAAGUCCGUCGCGAGCCUUGCGCUAAAUGCAGCCUUCCAGUUUUUAUAGCCGAACGUCUAAACGUAGGAAAACUCCUCUAUCAUCGAACGUGUUUCCGCUGCGCCCGUUGCAACAGCCAACUCACGUUAGCCAACUACUACGAAACCGAGAACAACGAGUUCUGCUGCGAAACGUGCCCAGAUGAAGAAAAGUCCGUUUUCAAGCAGCCCGACUCCUCGGUGUUGACCCGGUCCCUAAGCGACGAGGAAAAAUCGGCGAGUCUGAAGAAGAACGAAGAAGAUGACUACAGUGCCAAAUUCGAAACGGCUUUGGAGUACCCCGAGGACGGCAGCUUGAAGCGCAACUCCACCUUGAACAGCUCGCAGUACACCAAAGCGCGGUCGUUUUUCAUCAGCAGCCAGGUAGAAGAUAGUGAUUCGGGCAACGAAGACGAACCUCCCGAUUUACCGAAGACUAAACCGCCGGCCCGGAUUGAAAAUGUGACUUUCGGUGGUGAAUCGUUCGGUGAUAGUGGUUUUCCUAAAGACAAGAAGAACGUUCAUGUACAUAGUGUUAGUUUAGGUAGUGCCAGUGCUAAACUGGAGAAAUCUCACGAUAUUGUUACCAAAGAUGCGAUAUCUGCAGAGGGCAACACAAGUUCUUUGGUUAAAGCUCGAAUGCGGUUAUUUGAAACCAAGUCUGAUGCACCUAACGAAACUCGUAGUGUCAAUAAUAAAGUGCCUUUAAGGAACGCGAGUGCGAGCGGAGAAGUUGGUCAAGAUAACAAGGAAGAUUCCAGUCUGCAUAGCUUUAAAGACAGUACUAUACACAAAGACACGGGGGAGGACAAGACGGAAGUGUCGAUGAAGAGCGACAAAGUCGAAGAUUCGGUUAUAACCAUCUCCGAUUCAGUGAUAACCGUAUCAGACAGUGAAGAAAACGCGUCACAAGACACCCCAUCGGUGAUAACCGACACCGAAUUAACCCCAAAAACCCAACAAGAAACAAGCGAAACGCCAAUAAUCGACGACGUUUCGGUCAAACCGGACGAAGACGACACACACACGUCACCCCAGAUCGAACUAAACCCUCCCCAACAAAUUCCAGAACAAAUUCCAGAAGAAAUUCCAGAAUGUAUUGUUACCGAAGGAUCAAUCGCCACACCCGCCACUCCACCACAACCCGAAUACCCAGACGAUUUAAAUCCAUUUGGCGACGAAGACGAUGUUGAACCACAAGAAGAGUCAAAAAAUAUUGCAAACGUGUCUCUAAAUCCUUUCGACGACGAAGAAGACGAGCCCGAACCCAGCCCCAAACCCACAGCUCGAAGAAAAAUCAAACCGACAGCGGACGACAAGGAGCUUUCUACCGUCUACAUCGAACGCAUCAGCGUGAAUCCGUUCGACGAAGACGACGAGCCGCCCCAACCCGCCAAACGCAAAAUCGUCGCCCCGAAGAUCAGUUUGAACCCGUUUUGGAGCGACGACGAGGAAAACGACAGCAAACCCGUGCCAAAACCCAGGCUUACAAAGCCUGAAGCUAAGCCGCGUGAGGCAGGGUUUGGGUCUUUGAGUUCCGUGGCGAGUUCGCAGUCGGGGUUUACCCUGAAGAAGAAGAAACCAGCGCCGAAACCGCCGUCGGUACUAGGGGGGAGUGAGUCUGGACCGAGUUCGCUAACGUCGAGUCCUAGCCACAGUGUGACGCACUCGCCAAGGUCUACUCCGAAAGUUAGAAAAAACAAGAAGGCCCCGCUACCCCCCACCUCGACACCCAUAGACGGACCGUCAGUUCCUCUAGACAUAGAUAUAGCGGCCCUGGAAGAUGACUUCGACAAGGAAAAAAGCGCCAAGGAUGAGCAAAACCGGAAUAGGCAAAGCCAAAGUUUGAGUUUACAAAGUCCAAGCUCCAGCGAAAACUCGUCCAGCUUAAGCGCCCCUAACAAAAGCACCCAUGGAAAGUGGAAACGGAAAAAGGGACAAGCCCCGACCAGACCCAUCCCUCAAAGAAGAAUAAUCAAGUCUUUGCCUAUUGUGGAGGUCCGACGCGAGUUGGAACUGAUUGAAAUUCAACAACAGGGUUUAGAGAAACAAGGGGUGCGUUUGGAGCAGAUUAUAAGGGAGAAGUGUGAAGCUCCGGGAAUUAGUCCAGACGACGCCUUGUCUCCAGAAAUCGAAGACAUGAUUCUUCAGUUGUUUGAACUCGUCAAUGAGAAAAACGAACUCUUUAGACGACAAGCGGAGCUUAUGUAUUUGCGGAGGCAACACAAACUGGAGGAAGAACACGCCGAUAUAGAAUACCAGAUCAGAUGCUUGAUGCUGCAGCCAGAAGCCAAUAAAACGGAUUCGGAUAAAGCCAGAGAAGAGGAGCUUAUAAAUAGAUUAGUAGAAAUAGUUGAAAGGAGGAAUGAAAUAAUUGAAUGUCUUGAGAUGGAUCGCGUGCGAGAAGCCGAGGAGGAUGACAGUAUCAAUAAUCAGCUUAACCUGUUUUCGCUGAAAAAGGAAGAAGAUAAAUCUGCCGAGACGAAAAGCGCCAAGAAAGAAAAGAAGAAGCAUAAAAAAGAGAAGAAGUCCAAAUUGAAAGCUCAGAAAAUUGAUGCCGAUAAAGAUAUUGAUGAAUCUGAAAGUUCGACGUCUUCGCUUAAGGAUAAAAAGAAGAAAAAGUUUAACAUAUUUUGAGUACUUAUUCAUGUUAUUUGUGGUUAUUGUUAUGAAAGCUGUGCUUUACAUGAUUUAUCGAGAUUUGAAGAAAUCCUUACGUUCGUUAGUGUCAUUUUGUGAUUUUUUAUGUAUUAGUAUUUCAUUUAUAUAAAGUUAUUUUUCAGUA